AUUCGACUGGAUAGUUUGCAUGGCGCUUCAGUUGAUUUACACUAAAAAUUGAAUUUUUAGUAGCAAAAAAACGUAAUUUUUAUCUGAAUAAAGUGAAAUUGUUCUGAAACUGACCAUGAUUGACGCUGAUAGCGAAGGCUAUGUUGAAGACGACACUGACGAGAUUUCGCCCGAGCUAUGGCAAGAGGCUGCAUGGAUUGUUAUCAAUUCGUAUUUCAAUGAAAAAGGUCUAGUGAGUCAACAGAUUGACAGUUUUGACGAAUUUGUUGAGAUAUCGAUUCAGCGUAUAAUUGACGAUGCACCACCCAUUGAAAUGAUAAGCGAACCGAAUUACAAAUCAGGUCAAAUGGAAUUGCCGGUACGUCAUGUGUUGGAAUUCAAUCAAGUGUCGAUGCACAGGCCGGCGCAUUGGGAAAAAGAUGGUAGUGCACACGAUAUCAUGCCAAAUUUGGCUCGUCUCCGAAAUUUGACAUAUUCAGCACCGCUUUAUGUUGACGUCACGCACACGAAAUUGGUCGACGGCCAAGAGGCAGUCGAGACAAAAUAUCAAAAUAUUUGCAUGGGUCGAAUUCCAAUAAUGUUACGGUCGAAAUUUUGUUGGUUAAGUGCAUUGAACGAGCGUGAUUUGGCCGAAGUAAACGAGUGUCCCCUCGAUCCAGGCGGAUAUUUCAUAAUCAAUGGCGAGGAAAAGGUGUUGAUUGCACAGGAAAAGAUGGCUGCGAACAUAGUGUAUGUGUUUGCAAUGAAAGAUGGCAAGCAUUCAUACAAGGCGGAAAUUCGAUCGUGUUUAGAGCAAACACAUCGACCGAUGUCAACUCUUUGGGUCAAUAUGUUGGCACAUCGUAAAUUGAGCAGUAGGAAUUCGACGAUUGGCCAGCCGAUAACUGCAAUUUUACCGUACAUCAAGCAAGAAAUUCCAAUCAUAGUCGUGUUUCGUGCUCUUGGUUUCAUUCCGGACAGUGACAUUUUGGAGCACAUCAACUGCGAUUUUGAUGACCAUGAAAUGUUGGAAAUGUUAAAGGCAUCACUAGACGAUGCAUUCGUGAUUCAAAGCCAAAAUGUGGCAUUAAAUUUCGUCGGUGCGAGAGGAACACGGCCAGGUAUAACCGAGCAAAAGCGAAUCAACUACGCCAGAGAUAUUCUCCAAAAAGAAAUGUUGCCGCAUAUCGGUGUAUACGAUGGUUGUGAAACGCAAAAAGCCUAUUUCCUUGGCUACAUGGUGCAUCGAUUGCUGUUGGCAGCAUUGGGCCGUCGUGAACCAGACGAUCGUGAUCACUAUGCAAACAAGCGAUUAGAUCUAGCCGGACCGUUAAUGUCAUUCUUGUUUCGUGGCCUAUUCAGAAAUCUUAUGAAACAGGUGAAAUUCUACGCUCAAAAGUUUAUCAAUUUGAAAAGACCAUUCAAAAUGGAAUUGGCUGUACAACCGAAGAUCAUCUCGGAUGGAUUGCGUUAUUCAUUGGCCACCGGCAAUUGGGGUGAUCACAAAAAAGCCCAUCAAAAUCGAUGCGGUGUAUCACAAGUACUGAAUCGUCUCACAUACGCAUCGACAUUGUCCCAUUUGCGUCGCAUCAAUUCGCCAAUCAACCGUGAUAGCAAAAUGGCACAUCCCCGUCAGCUCCAUAAUACACACUGGGGAAUGGUUUGCCCGGCUGAAACACCCGAAGGUGUUGCCGUUGGUUUGGUCAAGAAUUUAGCGCUGAUGGCAUACGUUUCCGUGGGCUCAAAUCCCGCACCAAUUGUAGAGUUCUUGGAAGAAUGGCGAAUGGAAAACUUAAGCGUCAUCGUACCCUCGUCACUCGUUGAUGCAACGAAAAUUUUUGUAAACGGCUGUUGGGUUGGCAUUCAUCGUGAUCCAGAGUUAUUGAUGAGAAAUUUACGGAAUUUCCGACGUAAACUGGAAGAUAUUGUGGCUGAAGUGUCAAUUGUUCGUGAUAUUCGUGACAGAGAAAUUCGAAUUCAUACGGACGCCGGCCGAAUCUGUCGACCGCUGAUGAUCGUUGAAAAUGGAAAGCUUCUAAUCAAACAGAGCCACAUUGAACUAUUGAAACGGCCCGAGGUUUAUCGUUGGCAAGAUUUGGUGCAAUCCGGCGUUGUUGAAUAUAUCGAUACUGCGGAAGAAGAGACAAUGAUGAUUGCAAUGUCACCCAUGGAUAUGAAGGAUAACGAUGAAUACGCUUAUUGCAGAACGUAUACGCAUUGCGAAAUUCAUCCAGCCAUGAUACUGGGUGUCUGUGCUUCGAUUAUCCCAUUUCCGGAUCACAAUCAAAGCCCACGGAAUACAUAUCAAAGCGCCAUGGGCAAACAGGCCAUGGGCAUUUACAUCACAAACUUUAACGUUCGAAUGGAUACAUUUGCUCAUGUGCUGUACUAUCCAAUGAAACCCCUGGUUACGACACGAUCCAUGGAAUAUCUUCGUUUCAAUGAAUUGCCGGCGGGUAUCAAUUCGGUUGUGGCCAUUUUGUGCUAUACGGGUUAUAAUCAGGAAGACAGUGUUAUCCUAAAUUCAACGUCUAUUGAACGUGGAUUUUUUCGCUCCAUUUUCUAUCGUUCCUACAAAGACACAGAGAGAAAACAAAUUGGCGAGCAAGAAGAGCAAUUUGAACUUCCCAAUCCAAAUACGUGCCAGCGAAUGCGAAAUGCUGCGUACGAUAAACUCGAAGAAGAUGGCAUUACUGCGCCGGGCACUCGCGUAUCGGGUGACGAUGCGAUCAUAGGAAAAACCGUCGUAUUACCUGAAAACGUGGACGAGUUGAACGAAGAGGUGAAAUCCUACGAAAAACGGGAUGCAUCGACCAUUUUGCGUCACAACGAAACGGGCAUCGUUGAUCAAGUAAUGAUGACGUCGAGCGCGGAUGGAUAUCGCUUCAUCAAGAUACGCGUUCGAUCUCAACGAAUCCCGCAAAUUGGUGAUAAGUUUGCAUCGCGCCAUGGUCAAAAGGGUACGUGUGGAAUGCAGUAUCGCCAAGAAGACAUGCCGUUCACAUGCGAAGGUGUCACGCCCGACAUAAUCAUCAAUCCACACGCCAUUCCGUCUCGAAUGACCAUCGGACAUUUGAUUGAGUGUUUGGCUGGGAAGCUAGCAUCGAACAUGGGCCAAGAAUUGGCAACACCAUACAGUGAUGCAACACCAUUCAAUGAUGCGGUCAACGUACAGAAAAUCUCCACACUUUUGCAAGAGUACGGCUAUCAUUUGCGAGGCUAUGAAGUCAUGUACAAUGGCCAUACGGGCAGAAAGAUCAAUGCACAAGUUUUCAUUGGGCCAACAUAUUAUCAACGAUUGAAGCACAUGGUCGACGAUAAAAUCCACUCGAGAGCUCGUGGCAAAUUGCAUAUUCUGGUGCGUCAACCGGUGUGCGGUCGCAUGAACAACGGUGGAUUACGAUUCGGCGAAAUGGAACGCGAUUGCCAAAUUUCACACGGUGCAGCAUUAUUUCUGCGAGAACGGUUGUACGAAGUGUCGGAUCCAUAUCUCGUACACGUUUGCAAUUACUGCGGUCUCAUUGUCAUCAGCAUGAAAAGCAACAAAUUCGAAUGCCGCGGAUGUCAGAAUCGAUGCGAGAUCACCCAAGUGAAGAUGCCCUACGCGACCAAAUUGCUGUUCCAAGAACUUAUGUCAAUGAACAUUGCGCCAAGGAUUUUCACUUAGCUGUUUGAUUUGAGCUAGAGCUUAACAUUUGACUAAGUCAUGAUAGAUAUUUAAGAGAGACAAAAAGAUUUACGAUUGCAUUCCUUUAAGAAAAGGAACACAUAUGGCUUAUAUGUCGUGCAUGCAUGAAAUGAAUUCAAAUUGAAUUAUACUCUAUUGAUGAAAUUUAAACAUAAAUAAAGAAAAUUCUUUCGAUUUUAUGAACUGAAACGAAAA